AUGGUGAAUGAAUUCUCGGAAGUAGUGAACGUUUCGUAUCAGUUGUAUGUAGCUUGUUUCCAUCUCGCUCGCUCAUGGUCGACGACGUCCGCACAUAUAUCCCCACUUUUCAUAGUUUAUGCGAGUGUUCUAAAUUUAAAUUUAAUCAUUUCAGAUGCAUGUGUGGAGGUGGGAGGGGUGCUCAAUAAUUGGUCAACAGGCAUUGCUUGUCCCAACUGCCGGCACCAAUUACGUGUGUCACUGGCACAUACCAAGACAACACAGAACCCAAUCAGCCCGCUGACACCACCAUUCACGAUUCAGCCCUCGUUCUUGCCACAUUCACCACUGUAUGCCGCACCAUCACCUCCUGUUAUUACCUCACCAUAUAAUGAUGAGCUCCGACGGUUAGCUGACACACUCAGAGCUUUAAGGCUUUCUGGGUGGUAUUAUGGAAAUUUAGAUUGGCAGGGGGCUCGAAGUUUAUUGAAAGAUGCCAGUAUAGGUGCCUUUGUAAUACGGGAUUCUGGAGAUAGAAAUUUUAUAUUCUCGCUAUCUGUUCAGACUGAGAGAGGGCCAACUUCUGUAAGACUACAUUAUGAACAAGGUUCCUUUAGGUUAGAUUGUGAUAGACCUCUUGCCAGGUAUAUGCCUAGAUUCAGAUGCGUUGUGGAACUGGUGCAGCAUUACACUCAAGUCGGAGAAAGAGGUCCCGUCGGUACAGUGUGGGUUGAUCGAGAAGGAUGUCCACACUCACCUGUACUUCUGAAGACUCCAUUAAGAAAAUCACCACCUUCUCUCCUACACUGCGCACGGUUAGCGGUUCACAAAGCGUUGGAUUCAAAUCCUCUAACGCCUAAACUAUGGUGUGCCCCUAAACAUAGGUUGUUACCUCUACCCUCAACACUCAUAGACUACCUUGGGGAGUAUCCAUACUCAAUCUAA